UGUCCGAUUAGUCGAGCUUAUCAUACACAUAUGUAAGUAUGUACUGAACAGAAGCCAACCAACGUAAACAACCCGAGUUCCCUUCGAAUCGUUCAAACGUUUGCGGAAUGGCCACGGAGGAGCACCAGCGCCUGGCCAGCAUCGUGAAGAGCUGCCACGAGAGCCUGCGUCAGCUGACGAAAGAGCACGGCGCUGCGGCGGCCUGGCAGGAGCACACGAGCCCCAGGAACGCUAAGCGACUGGCGGAGUACGCUAAGGCCAUGCGGCAGCUAGCGGCCAUUUGGGAGACAAACGGAAACAACGAGGAGCUUCAAGCCAGAAGCCGCAUCAAGUGGGCUGUCGACUAUAUUACCAAGUACUUCUUCACCGAGGGCAUAUACUUGCAAAAACGGCAGCGGGAGCAGCGCUUGCUGGACUCGUACAGAGCCGAGGGCACGAUGGGCGAGGUGGAGUGCCGGCAGAUGGAGGAGCCGCCGGACAGACUGCGCGUGUUAGACGUAGGCAGCUGCUUCAACCCCUUUGCCAGUGCCCCGCACCUUGAGGUCACUGCUCUGGACCUGUGCCCCGCUACCGAGGACGUUCUGCAGGCGGACUUCCUUCAGGUGGAGGUGGUGCCAGGGCUGGAACAGCCAGAGCUAAAGGAGGGCAGCGUGACAAGACUGCCGGCGAACCGCUUCGAGUGUGUCAUCUUCAGCCUGCUGCUGGAAUACAUGCCUAGCGCUGAGCAGCGGCUGCAGUGCUGCCGCAAAGCCUACGACCUGCUCCUGCCCGAAGGCAUCCUCGUGCUCAUCACGCCCGAUUCCCAGCACGUGGGCAAGAACGCGCACCUCAUGAAGAACUGGCGUUACUCGCUGGCCAGGAUCGGCCUGCUGCGCGUGCGUUUCGAGAAGCUACCGCACAUCUCGUGUAUGGUGUUCCGCAAGGCCAUCAGCCGCGAGCUCUCCCAGCAUUGGGCGAGCAUUCACCGGGAGGACGGCAUGUGCGAGGAGAUCCGCAUACCGCAGGACGACUGCUAGAUAAGAUACAAGCUCGUAAAUCGAUGUAAAUAUGUCCAUGUCUACUUAUUUAUGGCCUAACUUAUCUGUGUGCUAAGUGUGUGUUAAUAAUAAUGGUUUGACGAUUUAUCUACUA